CAGAAAUAUCAGCCGUUGAUGAAUCUGACUCCGUAAUAGACCAGCAAAAUGAUGUCAACACCAAGUCAAUGGAAGAGGUACCUGAGGUGAUUGCAGAGCAAUCGGUAUCAGAUAAGAUAAUAGAUGAUUUUAUUCUCGAAGAAUCUGUCAAUGUAACUGACUCAGUUAUAGCUAAACCCCCAUCUAUUCACGAAGUUCAUAGUCAGUUAAAUUUAUCAGAGGUACGAGAUCCAGGGCUGUGUAAUCAGAAUGGUUUGACUCUCACCCCACAGAUCGAAGAGGUAGUUUUGCUACCAGAUCAAGGAGG